CCAGUCUGUGAAACCAGACCGAGUGCCGCGUGGAUCUCUCCUCAAAAGCUUGAGUGUCCGAGGAAAGAGAACGUCAGCGUUUGUGAAUCAGAUUCCACGGACUACAAAACUUCCAAGAAUUCCAAGCUUGGAGAAGGAAGAACAAUGUCAAGUGCAAUCAUGAGACGAAGCUCCAGCAAGCAAGGCUUGCAGAAUCUCCUGAGAGUGACGGCUCAGCGGAGUAUCGAAGAUGCUGAGGAGAUCGAGAGAGAAAGGAGGCGUCGUGCCCGGGAGGCUUUCCGCAAUCAACAAAGCGUCUCUGGAUCUGCCGGUUCCCUUCAGGACAGUGUGAACCCACCUGAGACCGGCCUCUCUGAAAGUGAAUUCAAACCUAGCAUCCCGACUGCUGUGGAUGAGGAUGAAGGUUUCAGUGACUGGACCCAAAAGCUGGAACGGAGAACAAGGUCCAGAAUGGCUGAGAACGGCAGUGGAGAACAGUUACAACAGGCGGAGAAAGACGGGAAUGAGAGAUCUAGACAAAGUGACAAAAGCAGCUUCACCACUUCUAUACAGCGUCAGCAAAUACAGGACAGAGAGGACGAGGAGAAAAGACCAGAGAGGAGGAGGAGCGCUGAGAGACAAAUGGAGAUCAGUCAGAGAUCAGAGGAAUGGCAUGACGACAGCAAAAGAAGACAACAGGAAAUAAAACCACUGAUGGAGAACAAGAUGAAAGAGGAGAGGAAGGAGGUGAAGGUGUCAUACACAUCACAAGUAUUCCUACAGAAAGACAGAGUGCCUAAUGGCAAUGGAGAGGCAGCUGCAGAGGAAAUGACAUCACAUCUGGUCAAAACCAAAAGAUCACCCAGCAGGACUGUUGAUGUAGAUCAGAUCUUUGAGACUAAGAAGGACGUGCACGCUGGUCUGGAGACCGAGCUGAAGCUGGAGAAGAUCAGACGUAGUCACCAAGAGAAGGAGAGCCAGGAAAUGGAGCAGCUACGGCAGCAUCAAGCCGAGGCUGAGCUGGAGCUGGAGGAACUGAAGAAGAAGAGAGAGGAACGACGCAAGGCUCGUGAAGAGGAGGAGCGGAAGAAAGAGGAAGAGGAACAGCAGAAACUAACCAAGAAAGAGGAGGAAAAGAGACAGAUGAAGGAGGAAAUUGAGAGGAGAAGAUUGGAAGCAGCGGAGAAGAGAAUGAAGAAUCCUACAGAUGGUGAUGAUCCAUUUAACCCCCUAAACCCAAUAAGUCCAACUUUCAAGAUCACAGAGAGAACAGAAUCCUUGAAUCGAUCAUUAAAGAAGAGUAACAGUUUCAAGAAGACCCAGAGACCUGUACUUCUACCCAAGAUUGAUGACAAACUGGAACAAUACACUAAUGCAAUUGAGAUCUCCUCUAAAGAUGCAAAAUUGACUAAGUCAGCAACCGUUGACAUGCCUAGUGUCUCUGCUCCGGUGGCCUCCAAAAAAAACUUGUUCGAAGCAGGAGAGGUCAGGAGUCAAAGCAACCCGAAAGGAACGCCUUUGAAGGAUACAGAAUGUGUGAAAGUGGGUGUAGCAAACCUGAUCAACCAUUGGGUGAAAGGAAGUCCAGAAGGCGGGAACAGACAAUCCCCUUCCACACCAUCUGACGUUAAACCCGGAGAUGUUUUGGAGAAAAAGAACAUGUGGGAAAUUAUUGGAGAAGGUUCUGCAGGAGAGAGGUCAGGACUGGGAGGAAAGGGCUCCUCUUCGGGUAAACGGUACAAGUUUGUUGUGACAGGCCACGGAAAAUACGAGAAGAUUUCCACUGAUGGUGAUCAUUACAGUGUCUACCCGAAUGGAAAAACAAGUGAAUUUUCCAGCGAUCGCUUGUGAGGAAUUUAAUUCAGCAAUAACAUCUUUCCUGAUUCACCAAGAACACAUUAAUUGGCGUAUAUGUAGUACAAUAUUUCAAUCAACUUUUCAAAAUGGAAGAAACAAUCACACUACAUUAUAUGUGCUUUUGUGGUUUUUUUUUAUUUUUAUGAUUGUUCCAUUUAUGACUGUUCUAAUGGCAUGGCUUUGAAAUUUUUUCUACAAUCAAUUUGUCACAUAAAUAUAUAUAAUGUACAAUUAUUCUCAGACCUGUUGACUUAUUCUGACUGCAACAGAAUCUUUUCUUUUUUCCUUAGUAUCAUCUGCAGUAUUUGUGCUGAUAUUAUGCCCACUUCUAAAAACGUAUUACGUAUAAGUAACGUGUGAAGUGAAUGUUAAUGUCAAAUAGAUCAAAGUCAUGACUUUUGUCAACUGUUUUUAUAUUGAUUAUCUAUGCUUUUAUAUACUAUGGCACAUUGUUUCAUUUAUAUAUACUUGAAUAGUUGAACAGUAGAAUAAUCCAAAAACAUAUUGCAAAAUUCCUGCAGCUGAUUCUUAUGCAUUUUAAACCACAACCAAUCUUUUACUAUUAUACUUUAUUUCAAAUAUGACAUUGAUUUUCUUUUUGGUUUUCAUGAAAACACUGGAAUAACUCCAUUUAUCAUAUUUAUAAUAUUAAAAUAAACAUUUUUGUUUAGGUAUGAGCGUUUUGCUACCCAAUGGUAUUGAGAAAAUAAGAAUUUCAUUUAAAGGCAAUUACAGCUUUUAUUUUCAAUAAAUUUGAUAUUUUGUAUGAU